GACACGAUCCAUCAGCUGGAGAACGAGCUUAGAGGAACGAAGUGGGAAAUGGCACGUCACUUGAGGGAGUACCAGGACCUCCUCAAUGUCAAGAUGGCCCUGGAUAUUGAGAUCGCUGCAUACAGGAAGCUCCUGGAGGGUGAAGAGACAAGAUUCAGUGCCUUCUCUGGAAGCAUUACUGGACCCAUCUUCACACACAGACAACCAUCUGUCACAAUAGCAUCCACUAAAAUUCAGAAGACAAAAAUUGAACCACCAAAGCUGAAGGUCCAGCACAAGUUUGUAGAAGAAAUCAUUGAGGAGACCAAGGUAGAGGAUGAGAAGUCUGAAAUGGAAGAUGCCCUAGCAGCUAUUGCAGAAGAAAUGGCAGCCAAGGCCCAGCAGGAACAGGAGGAAGAAAAAGCAGAAGCAGCAGCUGUAGAGGAAGAAAUUGUUGCUGAGAAGGCGGCUGCAAAGCAAGCAGCUGCACCUGAGGAAGAGGAGAAGGAGGAAGAGGAAGCAGAGGAGGAAGAAGCUGCAAAAUCUGACGCAGCGGAAGAAGGAGGCUCUGAAAAAGAAGAAAUAGAGGAGAAGGAAGAAGGGGAGGAGGCUGAGGAAGAGGUUGAAGCUGAGGCUGAGGGCAAAGCUGAAGAGGUAGCAGCAAAGGUAGAGAAGGUCAAAACACCUCCUGCCAAGUCACCCCCUAAAUCCCCCCCUAAAUCCCCUGUAACAGAGCCGGCCAAGGCUGUCCAGAAAGAAGCAGCUGCAGAAGCAGGGAAAGAACAGAAGGUGGAGAAGGGUGGGGAGAAGCCAGCCAAGGAAGAGGAGAAAGCAGCAUCCCCAGAAAAGCCAGCAACACCAAAGGUAACCUCUCCAGAAAAGGCAGCGACCCCGGAGAAGCUGGCAACCCCAGAGAAAGCUGUGACCCCAGAAAAGGCAGCGACCCCGGAGAAGCCCCGUUCCCCAGAAAAGGCAACAACCCCGGAAAAGCCACGCUCCCCAGAAAAGCCGCUGACUCCAGAGACAGAAAGCCCAGCCUCGCCAGUCAAAGACGAAAAGGCUGUGGUCCAGGAGACCAUCACAGUCACAAAGGUAACAAAAAUCAGUGCUGAGGUAGAGAAGGAGUCCAGGAAAGAAGACAUUGCAGUGAAUGGGGAGGUGGAGGAGAAAGAGGAGGAAUCCAAAGCGAAGGAAGCUGAGGAGGAAGACAAGGGAGUUGUCACCAAUGGCCUAGAUGUGAGCCCAGUUGAUGAUAAGGGUGAGAAAAUUGUAGUAACCAAAAAAGCAGAGAAAAUCACGGGUGAAGGUGGGGACAGUACAACCACAUAUAUCACAAAGUCAGUGACAGUCACUCAGAAGGUAGAGGAACAUGAAGAAAGCUUUGAGGAGAAAUUAGUGUCCACCAAGAAAGUGGAGAAAGUUACUUCACAUGCUGUAGUAAAAGAGAUUAAAGAGACCGAAUAAAAUAAACCAUAGCUAAAUUAAAAAAUUCAAGAGCUUGGGUCGGUGCAAAAGGUUAAGCCAUAUGACAGCUGCAAAAUGCAUGUGAGUGACGGCUUCAAAGCAGAACGGGUUCUCUCAUGGAGGCUCCAGACACACAGUAUUUUACUUUUUUUGUGCAAUAUAGGGGAGGGGGGGGGAAUGCAUGCAGGCUCAAGAUGUACUCCCUCCACAGAGCUUGGGCAUCUAAAAAAAUAAUACAAAUAAUAGUGCAUGAGACGAAAUGUGCAAAGGAAGCUUUUGAAUUUCCUGAGCUGUUGGAGGGACAUAUCUGAGGAAUGACUUAAGAUGUAUUAUGCAAAGAACCAACUGAGCCAAAAACAAACAGAAAACAGUAAUAGAAUAUUCAUGAGAACCAGAACUCUCCUAGCCUUAAAAAAAACAAAGCUACUUAUAAAUAAUUAUGUUUACCUCACUGGUGCAAUUAGGGUGGACUUUUGCUCAUGGGAGAACCUAGUUGACAUGCACAGUAUGCAACCUUUUGUUGUUUGAUGUAAAACAGUCACAGCAGUUCUUGCUCAAUAAAGGUCAAUACUGAAAACCUGA